AUGCCAGACUUCCAGGGAGAGACCUCGAGCUCAGCUGACUCCCAAGCUUUGAGGGAUGUAGCUGAGCAGUAUCUCGCCAGGAAGAUUAUUGUCAAGUCUGAGGCGACAAGGGAUGAUAAGAUACGAUGGGAUAUGCGGUUUUUCGUUGGGUGGGUCGAUGGGGAAUCACGGAGUCUAGCAGAGAUAACUGAGUGUGCUCCAACUGCUGCUGAACUGCAGCUAACAUGCACACACGGAAGGCAUAAGAAGGACAGAGAUGUAGUGGGUAGUCAAGAUAUGUACUUCGUACAUCCGGACAAAGCUAGACUAUGUGGUCUCAUGCCUCAUCCCGAACAGGAACAGUGGUUCGCGCAGUAUAAGCUCCCCUAUUGUCGAUAUACGGAUGACGCCGAUGACGUUUCUGAAACCAUGUUACCUAACUACUUCUCACAACCGUGGAAAGACUGCUGCUCUACGGAAGAUGAUGAUGCCAGACUGAUUCUCAGUGGCCGUACUUGUUCUCUCGAAUCACUCCUACAGAAAGCUUAUGCACUCGGAGACAACGAGGCGUUGACGGUGAGAUGGUCCCGAAUAUUCGGCGGCGGUAGAGGGGUCUUCGCGAUGAAGAGCUUCCACAAGAACGAAGUAAUCACUCUUUAUUCGGGGCACUUAUUCUCCGAGGCACAGAGGCAUUGGAUGAAGGAUAAUUUCGGUGGAGCACUAUCCUCUCAUUGUAUACCGCUCAUGCAUAAGCUCAUAUAUGUCGAUGGUCUCUUUACUUGUCUAAUGAAGGGGAUGUAUGUUGGUCAGCUAAUCAAUAUGGGUGGCUCCGGCUCAGCCUUCAACAAUGUUGAAUUCUGCCCAAUUGAGGUAUCAGUCGUAGAGCCGAGAUCAACUAGGAACUGCAAGAGGAUUCCUGCCUCUCCAAUCGCAACAUCUGUCACUGCUACGGGUGUGAAAAUGCUGGUCGUUAAAGCUACAAGGUAUAUACAUCCUGGCGAAGAGCUCUACGGUUCCUAUGGAAGUGCUUUCUGGAACAAACGUGAUUGUGAUUGUCGAGAGCCUCCACCAGUUGUGUUCCCGUAA